AUGACUGAUAUAGAUGACUCCCAGGCUUCUGGCUCGGAUUGCCCUGAUGCCCAAGAGCUAAUACGCAGUCAUCAGAAAGAGCCACAUAAGGCACAUGCAUGUGAAACAGAUACACGAAUGGAGUGUUUACAUUCAAGGCAGAAGAAUGCUGCUCCUGAGGAGUCCUCAGAUGAGUUUAACAGUAUACAUAAAUCAUCAGCUGCUUCAGCUGAGGUUUUACUGGACAGCUGUGAUUCAGAAGUUGAUGUUUCUGCUACUAAUAGCAGUGAGUACCAUCCUAAGUGCUCUGUUGCACCUUCAAAGCAAAAAAGGAGAUCUCGAUCUUCAAGGCAACAAGCUGAAUCUGUUGCAAGAGUGCGUGACAAUGAAAGCUCUUCAGAUUCUUCUCUGUCCCCUCCAAGUCCAGUGAAAUCAUUGGAAACUUCUAAGAAUCAGAAGUCAAAAUUCAAUUUGAAAGCCAUUUUUGCCUAUCACUUCAGGGGAAAGAAGUUUAAGGCUGCUGCACACCGAAAGUACAUGGGUGGCUCAGGGAAGAAGAAGAAGAAGAAAAAGUAUGAGAGCACACAGAUGCCUCUGGGGAGGCCACCACUAACAGCCUCACCUCAAGAGCAAAAGCGAAGGCUUCUGGACAGAGGUUUUCAAUUCCCUUUUGUUGAAAAAUAUUAUGGAAGGAAACAUAUUCCUUUAAAGAUGGUUCUUGGCUAUGAGCAAGCAGCUGCAAAGGGAUAUUUUCAGUACAUUGAAGUGCUUAAAUAUGAAGAACAUCUUAAAAAAGCUUUAGAAGCCCUUCAAGCUAGUGAAGACUUAGAAAGAGAAUGUCUGGUGGCACGGAAACACAAAUAUUUAGAUGAUGAAGGCCCCGUUUCCCCUAUUCAGGAGGUGAAUGAUGAUGGCGGCUUGAAUUCUGAUAAUCAAGAAGACUUUGAUGCCAGAGUAGUGGAGAACAGCUCUUUCAUUAUAAGCAGCAAAAUUCCCAGUAAGAAAAAAUCAAAGCCAGAAACGAAACGUGCAAAAUCAACUGAAGUGAUCGAAGUAGAGGAGGAAGAAGACUAUGCUGCUGAGAACUCUGAGCUUCUGCAAGGUUCACCUCGGUGA